AUGCCAAAAAAUAAAGGUAAGGGAGGUAAAAACAGGAGAAGAGGAAAAAAUGACAAUGAAGGAGAAAAAAGAGAAUUACUAUAUAAGGAAGACGAUCAAGAAUAUGCCCAAGUAUUAAGAAUGUUGGGAAAUGGACGAUUGGAAGCUCAUUGUUUUGAUGGAGUUAAACGAUUAUGCCACAUUAGGGGUAAAAUGAGAAAAAGAGUUUGGAUUAAUUCUGGUGAUAUAAUUUUAGUUUCGUUACGAGAUUAUCAAGAUAGUAAAGCAGACGUUAUAGCAAAGUAUACACCUGACGAAGCAAGAAGCUUAAAGGCACAUGGUGAAUUACCCGAAACAGCCAAAAUCAAUGAAACUGAUAUAUUUGAUGAUGAUGGACAACAUGGUGUAGAAUUUUUGGAUGACGAAUCGGAUGAUGAGGGUCAAGGAGAAAUGAACAAUGAUAGAAAACUGGAUGUAGAAGAUAUAUAA